AGGAACCGUCCACAUCUACACAUUAGCUAAAGAUAGGUAGGGCAAGAUAACGAGAAACAGUUUUAGGAAGGUAAAGGCGAUUCUUUUAAAACAAGGUUGAUGAUUUUAUCAAUCAUUGUUAUAGUUUGAUAAAGGGUCAAAUAUUAUCCUGUAGUUUAUGGACGACCAGCUGUUUUGAAGAAUAUUUUUGAACUGCCUCAGGUAAAGUUGAAUUCAAAAUGUCCCUGCACGGGAAAAUUGUUGUAAUCAAAAGGAGUGGCGGAGAUGGGACUGAGUUUCCUCUGACUGCAUCAUGCUUAUUUGGAAGGAAACCUGACUGCGACAUUCGCAUUCAACUUCCUCAUGUCUCCAAGGAGCAUUGCAGGAUUGAGUUGAAUGAAAAUAAAGAGGUUAUUUUAACUAAUUUGAGUUCAACGAACCCGACCCGUGUCAAUGGGGAGGUUUUUCAGCAGUCUGAACGUUUGAAACAUGGAGAUCUAAUCACAAUUAUUGACCGUUCUUUCAGGUUUGAAUACCCUCCAGCACCCACUCCAAAGAAAAAUCGAUAUUCUACCACUAGCAAAAGUGAAACUCCUCAGGUUUUACAUGAAACCCAAGCAAGGGAUACCAGCGCUAAAGAUGGAACCAACACUUCUGAUGUCAAACCCAAGGAGGAUGGAAGUCUUGAACAGAACAAGCCAAGCUCCCCUUUCUGUGAGCUGUACCAAAUGUUCAAACAAGAUCUGGAUUCCAAGACUCCAAAGAAAGCACUUGGAACACCUGCUUCGAAGCUUUGCCCACAGAAACCUAUCUCAACCAGGAAAGUGGAUGGGGCGUCUGUCAUUUCCACACCCAAGAAGGCGGAGACUGAAAAUGUGUCACCUGUCACUGGAGUGACUCCAAAAUCGGCUCAGAAGAAGCGAAAGUCCCUCAAAGGUCGGGUUGUUGAGGGGAAUGUGCCAGUCGAAGAUUUCAUCCAACUGCCUCCAUCUAUUCUUGAAACUCCCAAAGGUAAAAGGCGUUCUUCAAAGUCCAUAACACCCACCAUUGUUGAAGAAAAAUCCGCCCCUGUUUCUCAGAGGAAAAGUCACCUGGCAACGCCCGAGAAGUUCACUGCUAGUGAAGUGGCUGAGCAGAUUUCUGAGUGUCCGACUGCAGAAAUCCUUACGACCCCCACUCGGAGGAGGAGCAGGGAAGCCACUCCUAUCAAAUCUUUGAUAACUGGGGUAGAACCACCUGCUGAUGCUUUCGUCUCAAACCAAGACCAGAUCGUACUAACUGAGAAUUCCACGCCAAGUACUCUUAAGACCGAGCACUCCCGCUCUCCAAGGCCUGCUGGGGGAAAGCUUCAAGCCCAGGAUGUGCUUUGUGAGCUGGAGGUGACCACACCCAUCAAUGUUAAACAGUCGUCUGCUAAGAAACGGAAGAGUGGAGACCUUGAAACUGAAUUUCCAACACCUCUGUGCAAGAGGAAAAGGGUUUCAUUUGGAGGUCAUUUGGAGCCGGAACUGUUCGAUAAACGUCUUCCUCCUGACUCCCCACUAUGCAAAGGUGCCACUCCUGGACGGCGAAGCUUGUGUGCCCCCAAAAUGAAACGGUCACUCCUCAGGAGAGCGUCUGCAAUUGGUCUGAUAAAGGAGCAUGAACAAUCUGCCCCAGAGAGUCUUAGCGUGAAAGGAAGUCCAGGAAAGAAGGCAUCUCCCAAGAAGUCGCCGAAGGCGUCUCCCAAGACUCCCUCGCCCGCCAAGUCGCCAAAGGCAUCUGCCAAGACUCCCUCGCCCGCCAAGUCGCCAAAGGCAUCUGCCAAGACUCCCUCGCCCGCCAAGUCGCCAAAGGCAUCUGCCAAGACUCCUCGCCCGCCAAGUCGCCAAAGGCAUCUGCCAAGACUCCCUCGCCCGCCAAGUCGCCAAAGGCAUGCCAAGACUCCCUCGCCCGCCAAGUCGCCAAAGGCAUCUGCCAAGACUCCCUCGCCCGCCAAGUCGCCAAAGGCAUCUGCCAAGACUCCCUCGCCCGCCAAGUCGCCAAAGGCAUCUGCCAAGACUCCCUCGCCCGCCAAGACGCCAAAGGCAUCUGCCAAGACUCCCUCGCCCGCCAAGACGCCAAAGGCAUCUGCCAAGACUCCCUCGUCUGCCAAGAAGUCAACAAAAGCUAAAACGCCAUCUCCAGGUAAAGAGAAGACCCCGAAAACCGCUGUCAAGACUCCAUCUCCUGCUCGAAGAAAGUCUACAUUAAAAGAUGAAUCUCAAACACCCAAGGCUGGGGGAACUCCCAAGACCCCUGCAAGUUUGCCAUCAGCCAACACGACACCCACCAUUCAAGGCCGGUUCUCAGUGUCCCUCGUCAGCACCCCUUCACCCACCGCAGACCAGGACUCUGUUCUACAGCCGUCUGUCACUGUAACGCCUCGUGUUCCCUUGAGGCGAACGACAAUGUCGUCUACCUCGAAGACGACACAGAAAAGCGCAAUGAAAAAUUCCCUUCAAGUCAUCCGUAGAAGAAGUGGUGUUUCUCGGGCAUCUAUGAAAGUUGUGAAUUCCUGGGCUGACAUUGUGAAGUUUGGCCAGACCAAGACCCAAGCUGUUAUCCCAACCAAGAAAAUCACCCGAGUGACUAAGACGAAGACUGUUGUACCAAAACCGAAGACACCUGUGAGGAAACUCCUAGGACAUGUCAGCACUGGUCAUGCAGAUUCACCUGUGACCAUUGUUGUGGGCAAAGCUCACAGGCUGAAAGCCAUUCAGCCAAGUGGGGCCGCCCCAAAGCUUGUCCACAACAUUGCUGUGCUAAAAAAGAACAUGAGAAUGGAUGAGGAUUUGUCAGGCAUUGCAGACAUUUUCAAGACCCCUGCUAGGCAAAGGAAGUCUGUGGUCAAUGUGCAGAGUGCCCUCAAGACCCCCCUGAGAGCCCAGUCUACAUCUAUGAUUGAAUCAUCAGUGAUGAAUACCCCAGAGGAGACUGGGGAAAUGGUGGUGUCUCCACUUGUUGUUUCUACUGCUAAACGGGGCGCAUACAACAGCGAUGCAGUCACAAGACUCCUUCGGGAUGGUCAAGAAUCCAGUUUCAUCACGGAGGAAGCUGAUGACUGCCGUACUACACAAAAUGAGAUUCUUGCCUUAGAGAGGUCUUCAGAGGAAUUGGAGGAAGAACAGCGGCCAGAAUCAAAAAAAUCUAUUUCCACUCCCAAACAGAAGAAACCCGAACAACCCGAGUGUCUCACUGGAGUGAAGAGGAUCAUGAAGACCCCAAGACAGAAGGUGCAACCCAUUGAAGACCUCAGAGGAAAACUGAUGACAACUCCCAAACAGAAACUUGAACAACUCGAAUGUCUCACUGGUGUGAAGAGGAUCAUGAAGACCCCAAGACAGAAGGUGCAACCCAUUGAAGACCUCAGAGGAAAACUGAUGACAACUCCAAGAGGGCCUAAGGCUUCUCAGGAAGUAAGCUUAGUUGGUGUAAAGGAACUCCUGACCACCCCCAAACAAAUCGCUGAAACAGUUGAAGAGAUGUCUGGUAAAGUCCAAGAUGACAACGUCCACAGCGAGACAAAAGAGAUUCACGGCGACGCUGUUUCUCCUAAAUGCCUCUCAGGUAACGUUGAAUUCAAAAUGCCCCUGUACGGGAAAAUAGUUGUAAUCAAAAGGAGUGGCGGAGAUGGGACUGCGUUUCCUCUGACUGCAUCAUGCUUAUUUGGAAGGAAACCUGACUGCGACAUUUGCGUUAAACUUCCCGAAGUAUCCAAGGAGCAUUGCAGGAUUGAGUUGAAUGAAAAUAACGAGGUUAUUUUAACUAAUUUGAGUUCAACGAACCCGACCCGUGUCAAUGGAGAGGUUUUGCAGCAGUCUGAACAUUUGAAACAUGGAGAUCUAAUCACAAUUAUUGACCGUUCUUUCAGGUUUGAAUACCCUCAAGCACCCACUCCAAAGAGAAAUAGAUCUUCUAAACAGAACACUCCAAGAGGGCCUAAGGCUCUUCAGAAAGUAAGCUUAGAUGUUGUGAAGACCCCCGAGCAUGUCGCUCCACCUGUUGAAGAAAUUUCUGGUGACGCCCAAGAGAUUCCUGAUGCCAUGACAACCGAGGCAGUGGAAGAGCUUGCUGCUGCUCUUGCUGAGGCAGUGGAGGAGGUAGAGACCGUUUCUGCACCUGCUGAGACAGUGGAGGAAGAACAACCUGCUCCUCUUGUUGAGGCAGUGCAGGAGGUAGAAGAGCCAGCUUCUGUACCUGCUGAGGCAGUGCAGGAGGUAGAAGAGCCAGCUUCUGUACCUGCUGAGGCAGUGCAGGAGGUAGAAGAGCCAGCUUCUGUACCUGCUGAGGCAGUGGAUGAAGAACAACCUGCUCCUCUUGCUGAGCCUGUUGCUGCACCUGCUGAGGCAGUGGAGGAAAAGCAACCUGCUCCUCUUACUGAGGCAGUGCAGGAGGUAGAAGAGCCAGCUUCUGCACCUGCUGAGGCAGUGGAUGAAAAACAACCUGCUCCUCUUGCUGAGCCCGUUGCUGCACCUGCUGAGGCAGUGGAGGAAGACCAACCUGCUCCUCUUGUUGAGCCCGUUGCUGCACCUGCUGAGGCAGUGGAGGAAGACCAACCUGCUCCUCUUGUUGAGCCCGUUGCGGCACCUGCUGAGGCAGUGGAGAUGGCACAUUAUGACAGUGAAGAGCCUUCUGUUCCAGUAAAAGGUAGAGGAAAGAAAACUGAGGGGAUUGUGCCACCACCUGCUAGAGGGAGAUCGGCAAGGCGUAAUGAAACCAGUAGCGUUGAGGCACUAGCAGAAACUAUGGACUCUGUGGAUGUCCAGGAGAAAAUGGCAGCUGACCCAGUUCCUGCUGAAAGGCUCAAGAGAGGAAGAAAGGCCAAACAGGCUUCUGUAGAGAGAGUUGAAUCAGUGCAGGAGAACGCUGUUGAAAGUGAGAGUGCUGAAAUUCCUCCAAUUGAGGACCAGCAGCCAACUUCUGAUGUCCCUGUGGAGAAACCCAGAAGAGGAAGAAAGGCCAAACAGGCUUCUGUAGAACAAGUUGAAACAGUGUUGGAGAACACUGAAGCUGUGAGUAUUCUUGUCACUGAGACGUUUGAGGCUCAGACUCCAGUUGUUAGAUCUGAGAGAGGAAGAAAGCCUAAACCGGAUUCAGUAGAAGAAGUUGAAGCGGGGGUUCUUGAAAUUCCUCCAAUUAAGAUUGUGGAAGCCAAGGAGAUGCCUGCUAGUGUUCCUGUUGAGAAACCACAGGCAAGAGGAAAACGAGGUAAACAGGAAUCUGAAGAAGCCAAAACAAUGGAAGAAAAUGUUGUGGCGGUUGAUAUUCCUACAGAAGAGGUGGAGGCCUCAGUCCUGUUUGCAACACCCAAAAGAGGAAGAAAGACUAAGCAGGAGCCUGUAGAUCAAGUGGAGUCUGUGAGUGUUGAAACUCCCAUUGAACAAGUUGUGGCCCAGGAGCAGGCCACUGUGGCUCCAGUUGAGAAACCCAAAAGAGGGGGAAGGAAGACUAAGCAGGCUUCUGUAGAGCAAGUUGAAGAUCACCCCGUUGAGUCUCUGACUGUUGAACUCCAGGAGCAGACUACUGUGGCGCCAGUUGAGAAACCCAAAAGAGGGGGAAGGAAGACUAAGCAGGCUUCUGUAGAGCAAGUUGAAGAUCGCCUCGUUGAGUCUCUGACUGUUGAACUCCAGGAGCAGACUACUGUGGCGCCAGUUGAGAAACCCAAAAGAGGGGGAAGAAAGACUAAGCAGGCUUCUGUAGAGAAAGUUGAGCCUGUUGAGGAACACCCUGUUGCGUCUCUGACUGUUGAAGUUGAAGCCCAGGAGCAGACUACUGUGGCCCCAGUUGAGAAACCCAAAAGAGGGGGAAGAAAGACUAAGCAGGCUUCUGUAGAGCAAGUUGAAGAUCACCCCGUUGAGUCACUGACUGUUGAACUCCAGGAGCAGACUACUGUGGCGCCAGUUGAGAAACCCAAAAGAGGGGGAAGGAAGACUAAGCAAGCUUCUGUUGAGCCUGUUGUGGAUCACCCCGUUGAGACUCUGACUGUUGAGCUCCAGGAGCAGACUACCAUGGAUUCGGUUGAGAAACCUAAAAGAGUGGGAAGAAGGACUAAACAGGACCCUGAGUGUGUCGUCCCGCCAGUAUCCACAAAGACUCAGGAGGAAACAUCUGCUCCCCCUACAGAGAAACCUAAAAGAGGAGGAAGAAGAGCAAAGCAGCAGAAGGUUCCUGAAGUGGUGGAAGUUGAGAACAUGGUAGUGCAGGAGGUCCACCUUCCUGCACAAACUGAGGUUGAUGCUAGACCAGAGCGUGAAGAGGCUGAUGCUGAAGAACUGCUGGAAGCUCCGGUUGUCAAACCAGGAUGGAGAAGGAAGGCAAAAGCCAUUGUGAAGGAUGAAGUGCCUGCCAAGCGAGCACGCAGAGGAGCAGCUGAUUCCACAAAGGUGCCCACUGUUGCAGAAGCAACUGUGGAAGUUCCAACUGAGCCUGUCAAGCGAGGUAGAAGGGCAGCUAAAUCCAAAGUCUCUGCAGAUGAAACCACCAUUGCAGCCGAGAGCACUCCGUUGGAGGCUGAGGUAACAGACACCGAGGUUAUGACUGCUGUGGUUAGAAGAGGAAAAGCCCCUAAAAAGGGAAAUGCUGUUUCUGAAACUAACUCUGACCAGGCAAAUUCUAUUGAAGGCAUGGAAACCAUUGACGAAGACUCAAAAAAGACCUCAAAAUCUGUGAAUUGGAAACCUGAUUUGGAAGUUACACACAAGGUCACCCCUCUUCCUAAACAGAAGACAUCCAGACGGAAUGAUACUGUUCCUGUUACUAAGGUUGAAAAACAGCCUGAACGGAGUGAAGAACAGCAGGUUGUGAAGACAGUGCGAGGGAGAAGAGCAAGAUCUUAUGUCGCUGUCAAAGAGACCGUACAAUCAACACCCUCAAAAAGGGCACGCCAUAGUACCAUAGAGACCUCUGCUGCUGAAGCCACGGUCCCCAUUUCAAAGCCAGUAAACGGAAGAAAUGCAGCAAGAUCUAUGACAACUGAAGAGGCAGAUCUCUCUGAUAAAGCUGUUCCAAAGGAGCCUGUCAAGAAAACAAGACGAGCAGCAAAGUCUACUGCAGCAGCUUCCGUUGAGGCCACGAGCACUACUCCUGCUGUCCCGGAGGGAGAGACCAUCCCCGAUGCCACAGUUGUGGCUGCUACAAGAGGAAGAGGUAAAGCGACAAAAGGAAAAACGAUAUCUCAGGAAAUUGACAUUGAGCAAGGUACUGAGUCGGAGCAGCCGUGUAAGCCCCGCAGAGGGAGAGCAGCAAGAAAAUAGAGCUUAGGCAGUCAUAGAUUUUUGUUUGUUUUUAAUGCUUUGUUAUAGAAAUGCUAAUGCUCAACUUAUUUUUUUUUUGUACUUUCCUGGUGUUACAGAUGUAUAAUUGAAGGCCAGUGCUUUACAAUAUUAUUCUGAUUUUUGGUCUUAAUUGUGGUUAGUUUUGCUACAUUCUCUGAAUAUUUUUUUACAUUUUUAAAGAAUUUGUAUUUAGACUGAAAAUAGUUUGGGAAAUUAUUCAUAUUAAAAAUCAAAAAAUUAA